GGUAAAACAACACUUGAGAUUUUCACUUUCAUUCGUUUAAUACAAGAAUUAAUCAAGAUGGACUCCCAAAACAUGAGCUACAAUGCUGGACAGGCCAAGGGCCAAGCUCAGGAAAAGGCUAGCACCAUGAUGGACAAGGCUAGCAAUGCUGCUCAAUCUGCUCAAGAAUCCAUGCAAGAGGCGGGGCAGCAAAUGAAGGCAAAAGCACAAGGAGCUGCUGAUUCUGUGAAGAAUGCAACAGGAAUGAACAACUAAUGAACCUAAAUGGAU